UCUCCAAUUCAGUCAGGUGUCAUUGGUUACAGGCAUUGGAUCAUCCUUAUCUCUGUGACGUCGAUUAAAGUCCCAUUUGGCGUAAGAUCGUUGUUACGAAAUUCAGUGUGACAUCCGGCAAAGACAUAAAUCGUUAAGUGACUAGGCAGAUUCGCGCCUAAGCGAUGCGUUUCGUUCUGAUCCUCGUAGCCGUCCUGACAAUUUCGUCUCACGCGGCAGCCCAAAUCAUCUUGGGAACCUUCGGUCUCAAAAAUUUAAUCCAUGGUCGAGAUCGGCAUACAGACAGACGGAGUGACGAUCGGCGAAACGGUCUACUACCCAACAUAUUAACAGUGAAAAGGGUGAUCACCCAUGAUCGCAACCACGGAAGAAAUGAUCACAACCGGCACCAUAUGCAAUCAGAUAAUCAUCCGGAUCGACGAUAUUCGAACCUGUGUCCUUGCCCGAUUGACUCUCCCGGAAACCAAUGGAUUCAUCAACGUCCACCACCGUCUCAAUACCCUGAACAAUACUACAACGACUACGACCAGGGCAUGAAAGGUCCUUAUUCCAACCAGUUCUAUGACGAUUGGAACGGUCAGCAGCGUCCGGGACCACGUCCUCCAUCCCCACAUCACCAUGGACCUCCACCUCCUCCACCACCGUAUAAUAGACCUGGUCCACCUCCACCAUCACCUUAUAACAGACCUGGUCUGCCACCGCGACCAGAUUAUACUAGACCUCGUCCAGAACCACAACCAAAUUACAACAGACCUGGGCCAUGGCCGCAGCCAGAUUAUAACAGACCUGGUCCAGAACCACAAUCGAAUUACAACAGACCUGGUCCAGAACCACAACCAAAUUACAACAGACCUGGUUCAGAACCACAGCCAGAUUAUAACAGACCUGGUCCAGAACCACAACCAAGUUACAACAGACCUGCUCCAGAACCACAACCAAGUUACAACAGACCUGAUCCAGAACCACAGCCAGAUUAUAACAAACCUGAACUAUCAACACCGCGUCCACCGACACCAUCACCUUCAUCAAAUGGCGUAACGGCGGACAAGACAGAAAUCGCAGGAGCGACGACAGAGACUUCAACAGCGGUUGAGUUCAUUAAAGGGCCUCACAUUCCGAGUACUUCUUUAGAAAAUCCAGAGCCUUUUACAGAGCUUGAGGUUUCAAGUUCAUCUUCGGUAGGACCAGAGCCUUCGGUAGAUCAUACAAACGGAAGCGAGAAGGGAGCGACUGAAAGCUCAGUUCAGAGCCAGUCGACGACGGAAUUCGAUUGGAAUAAUUACUUCCCUCAAGUUUCGGUUGACAAUCCUGGUGGUGCUGGAGUUAUUGAUAUCAGAGGAGAUUUUAGGUAGAUGAUUAUUGGACCAGUAAGCCGGUUAAUGGAAAAUACGCGGAAGCAGGUAUAGGUGAAUUUUGCAAGCAGAAUUCUCGGUCUUUGGACACUAGUUUUGAAAGUGAAAUCAUGAUUCAACUGUUUUUGCCAUUAAUUUUUUCGAGAAAAAAUAACGACGGAUGUUUUGUGUUCAUUGGAAUUAUGAUUCUGGGAAUCAUGUGAAGUUCCAGGUUGUUCACGGCAGGCAUUUAGUUUCUGUAUCUCAGGUGUAUAAAAUGUUUCCGGAACACAUUUUCCACGAUAUUGGCGAAAUUUCAACCGAUUCCAUUUAUUUUAUCACCAAAGACUUGGAUCUGAUUGCUAUACUUCAGGCAGGUUCGAAAAACGUAUUUUUAUUACCGAAAAUUCACCUUGAGUGUAAUUGACUCGUACGCAUUAUUAUGACUUAUCAUUAAGGUGAAGCUCUAGUGAAUUUGCGCUAAUGAAUCUUUGACGUUUACCACGCUCUUUGACAUUCGAUUACAAAUAAAUUGCAAUCGAUUGAAUCAAACAAAAACCACCGCGAACAGGGGAUUCAAGAAAUCUAAAUCACCGGAGCUCAAUUUCCUCACAAAUUAGUCGUGGAAUUUUUAUUCCACUGCAACCUCAACCAAAGUCUUGUAAAAUAGGGUAUGUAACUUUACAUAUUAUAAUUAUUCACGGGGUGUUAUAUGUUAAUAGAGGAGUGUACUCGUAGUUUGAAUUAAAUUUUUUACUGUUCAAGGUU